GUCGACCCAGAAGACACAACAGUUGAUGAGCCUCUGAUCCAGACCCGCCGGGACUCCGCGUCCACCGCUGUGUUGGCUCCACUCAGUGGCCUCUGCCGGCCAUUGAGCGAGGGGAGACAACAGAAAAACCGGCCCUCCCUCCUCAACUGUGUCGUGAGGGAAAGAAGAGGGUCGAUAAGUGAAUCCGAUUUAUUAGCGGUGCAGGUUGGCCACAGUGCUCUGGACUGCACACCGCGCCUUUCAGACAGCGUGUCUACAAGUACGGCACAACCUCAAGUGGAAGAGAGAGUAAACCAUCAGGAUGGAUCUGGUCCAACUUGCGGUGUCUUUCCACAUUCUUCUGUGUGCUGCGUGGGCCCGACACUCUUACAUGGACAGCAUCCUCUCGGCCCGCUCAGCUCUCAGGUUUCUGGAUGAGCCUUUGACAUUUGACCCCUGCUGUCUCAUGUCACCGCCUCCGCCACCACUCUUCCCUCCACCACCUCAGCUCUGGAAGCGGGGCAGCCCCGAUGGCAUUAGCAUGUUAGAGCCAGGUGUUUUUGGAGGAGGGGUACAGGAAAAAUCCAAACCUGUGAUACCUGGGUGUUCACCUGGACCUCCAGGACCCCAGGGCCCAGAGGGUCAGGGUGGAUUACCCGGAAUAAGAGGACCAAAGGGGGAGACGGGGGAAAUUGGACGUCCGGGGUCAAAGGGUCGUACGGGGGCUCCAGGCCUCCCGGGGAAACCAGGACAAUCAGGAUGGUCUGGUCCAGAGGGACCCACGGGGGAGAAAGGGGAUCCAGGUCUCAUGGGAUUACCAGGACUAAGGGGACCACCAGGGACAAAGGGUUUCUCUGGCUACAAAGGAGAGAAGGGGGUUCAUGGUGACCCUGGUGCAGGAGGACCAAAAGGCGAUAAGGGUUCCAUUGGUUUUCCUGGGAUGCUCGGACAAAAGGGUGUGCAAGGACCGGAAGGAGAGCCAGGACUCACAGGGAAGAGAGGACCUAGUGGGCGGCCCGGAAAGAGAGGCAAACAGGGCACAAAGGGCCAUAAUGGAGCCCCUGGAGUCAUUGGCCCCCAUGGACCUUCAGGUCAAAACGGCCAUCCAGGACCACCCGGUCCACCUGCCUCAGGUCUCUAUGUUGUCGGGGAAAGGGGGGAGGAGGGUCCUCCGGGUCUACCAGGCCACUGUGACUGUGAUUCCAUUCAUGGAGCGAACAAUGCUCCUUUUGGAAGCUACACUCAGCGAGGCGGCCUCAAUAAAGUCCCCGCAAUAUUUGUGGUGAACAGUGAGGAGGAGAUGGACCGCCUACGUCUAGACAACACGAUCGCGUUCAGGAAGGACCAGAGGGUGCUCUACUUCAAAGAUAAAGAUGGAUGGAGGCCCAUACAGCCCUUGCAGACGUUCCAGUCCACGGAGAAAGUCCCGGACAGAGUCGGUGUGUGUGGGGACGGAAAGGUGCAGGCCCAGCACGCAGAGGAGUGUGAUGACGGGAACCAGGGAGUCACCGACGCUUGUCUCGACUGUAAGUGGGCCUACUGCGGAGACGGCUACCGGCACGACGGCAUCGAGGAGUGCGAUGGGAAGGACUUUGGUUAUCAGACCUGCAAGUCCUAUCUUCCUGGGUCCUUUGGCCAGCUCAGAUGCACCGACUCUUGCCUCAUUGAUUCCACUGGUUGCAAGUAUUUCACCUGAACUGCAAAGUAAAAAAGAAAAUAAAGGUCAGAUUGCAACAUUGCAAAUUAUACUUCGGAUUUGUACUGAAGUCUCAACUCUUAGAAAAUAGCUGAAGGACUGAGGGAGCGCUCUUGUGCCUGCUCCGAGCCAUGAAAAGUCCUGGGAGUCGGCUUUGAAUCGUCCGUCUCCUCCGGAAGUUCAAUUCCUUUACGGGCCUCAGGAAGCAGCUGCUGAACAUUUUAAUGAUUUAAUGAUUGUAUCAUAUCAAAUAGUCACAAUGUGUAUGGCUCAAUUAAAUUAGCCGCAGAACGCUGUCUUGGCAUCACUGAAACACACGGCAGUGCCAAGGCAAUCAGUAACGUCUCCUCUCUCCUCUGACUGUUAAUGCAGAACAAUUGUGUAUUCUGUACUUCUUUUGUAACGAGAGAGAAAUAACAGCCCAUUCCAAAAGAGGCCAAUAUAUUAUUGAUACUAUAUUGAUAUAUACACUGUAGUAUGCAAAUCAGGGGUGUGUAUAAAUAUGUUUAUUCCUGUGCAUUGUAUUAGGACACAUGUAUUUAUGAAAUGCAAUGCUGUGAUAUUGCAUGUAAAUAUUUACUCGUGCACAGCGGACUGCUUUAACCAGUGCUGUAGAAGUAUGGCCUUUUCGAAGUGAAUGUUAGAAUACAGAAAACAAAAGUCACACUGCAACAACAGCAAGAACAACUCCUCUGAUUGUCGCAGCAGCAUGAAGAAACUGCUCGGUCACAUCAGAAUGCCUCCACCGUGGAUUCAGUAGUGUGACUAUGUAUAAUCUGCCUGCGUGACUGUAAAGUUCAUAAAUCACACUAAUAAAGAGAUUUGAGAUGAGA